AUGGCUGGGGGAGGGGGCGAAGAGGAGACUGGGUGAGAGGAUGAAACUGGAUGUUUUAAAACCUCCACUCAUUCUGACUCAGAUCAACAAUGAGACCAGGAAAACAAAAUGGCAGGAGUGAGGGAGAGACAGAGAAAGAGAGAGAGAGAUAUACAGAAAGGUGGGUGGAGUCUGAAAUUAUAUUGUAUGUUGUUAUCUGUAGUAUUUGGGAACUGUUGCCUCACUAAACAUCAAAACCCUAGCAGUGUAAUUAUGUGUUUAUAAUCUCUGCCAUGAGAUCUGCCAUAAGUGCUCAUAGAAGUUCAUAAACUGUUAAUCUAUCUGACAUUACCAGUUAUAAACAGCUGGCCAUUUAACCAGUAAACACUCUUCACUUGGGGUUAAAUAUGUUUAAAAAAUCUAAAAUAUUUCCUGAACUUUCUUAUAUCUCCUAGGACAGACACUUGAAAACCUUAUUCCUUAUGAUAAUGUUUUUUACUGUCUAUUUUGCCAUUUAUGAAUGUGCUAUUCAAUGUGUUUCUAUGGUCACAUUUUUUUAUUUUAUUACAAUCAUUUUUGUAUAUUUUUGGGGGAUACCUAAAGGGGUCUAAAAUUCGAAAUCAAAUAGCUAAACGAUCCAUGGCAUGACCAUCUUAAAACAAUUCUAUAUGUUAGCUCCCCCAACGGCUUAGACUUUUAGGGGUUAAACAAUAAAAGCUAAUUUACCAACAUUUCUGAAAAUGAAUAUAGUGUUUUGGAAUGAAACUCUUCAAAUAUAACCUUUAUUCCAAUUGCAUUUACUUUUUCUUUUUGAAUACCACUGGUAGGGGUGAAGAAGAAUGUAAAGAGGAGUUAGAGAAACACUGGCCUGUCUAUAUAAAUGCUCAUCUUCAUUCACCAGCUGCCUGAUCAUGUUUAAAUGCAAUGGGAAAGAAGAAGAAGUUGGGGUUUACAGUAAGAGCAGAGAAUGACCUGACCCUGACCUAGGGCUAGCAAGGUAUCACUGAACACACACACACACAGCAGAGGAGGCUGGGGGAGGAGCCAUAGGAGGAGAGCAUGGGCUCUGUAGCUCAAUUGGUACAGCAUGGCGCUUGUAACGCCAGGGUAGUGGGUUCGAUCCCCGGGACCACCCAUACGUAAAAAUGUAUGCACACAUGACUGUAAGUCGCUUUGGAUAAAAGCGUCUGCUAAAUGGCAUAUUAUUAUUAUUAAUGGCUGGAAUGGAAUUAAUGGAACGGUAUCAAACACAUCAAAUGUAUGGAAACAACUUGUUUGACUCUAUUCCAAUAUUCCAUUCCACCCAUUACAAUGAGCCCAUCCUCCUAUAGCUCCUCCCACCAGCCUUCUCUGACACACACACUGUAUAACCCCCUCCUCCUCCCCCUCCCCCUUCUCUCCCCAGGCCAGGAUGGGGGUGGAGGUGCACUGUGUGAUGACUUUACAGACCUGGACUUCCAUGAGUGCUUCCUCGGGACCACCCUGAACGUCAAGCUGCUGCUCUACACCAAGUAGGUUAGACAGAGCGAGAGAGAGAGAGAGAGUGUGUCAGAGAAGGCUGGUGGGAGGAGCUAUUUGAGGACAGGCUCAUUGUGUGUACACUACCGUUCAAAAGUUUGGGGUCACUUAGAAAUGUCCUUGUUUUCGAAAUAACAUCAAAUUGAUCAGAAAUACAGUGUAGACAUUGUUAAUGUUGUAAAUGGCUAUUGUAGCUGGAAAUGGCUGAUUUUAAUGGAAUAUCUACAUAGGCAUACAGAGGACCAUUAUCAGCAACCAUCAGUCCUGUGUUCCAAUGGCACGUUGUGUUUGCUAAUCCAAGUUUAUCAUUUAAAAAGGCUAAUUGAUCAUUAGAAAACCCUUUUGCAAUUAUGUUGGCACAGCUGAAAACUGUUGUGCUGAUUAAAGAAGCAAUAAUACCAUGUUUUUCCAGGAGACGUGCAGUACCAGCAAAUCUUCUGCAAGAGGACCAAACAGUUGGUGGUUAAGAACCCCUACACCACUUUCGGCAGAUUCUUAUCCAGCUGGCCGUUCACCGCAGACAGGACAAGCUCAUCGCCAUAAGCACAAAGAGUCUCAGCUUCCCCAGCCCACCAUUGCCAGUGUACCGAAGCUGGAGAAAGGACAGCCCAGUUCAGAUCUUUUUUCCCCUAAUUGGUCUUGUGAUUAGGUCCAAUUAGUGGAGCAAAUAUCAGAAUUGGGCUACCUGUGUAAAUGCAGCCCGUGUGGCACAGCAUAAGACCAUGUAGAACAGCGGUUUCCUUCCCUGUUCCUGGAGAGCUAUCCUCCUGUGGGUUUUCACUCCAACCCCAGUUGUAAUUAACCUGGUUCAGCUUAUCAACCAGCUAAGUAUUUGAAUCAGGUGUGCUGGAUUGGGGUUGGAGUGAAAACCGGCGGGACGGUAGCUUUCCAGGAACAGGGUUGGAUAGCCCUGAUGUACAGUGCCGGUCGGAAGUUUGGACACACCUACUUAUUCAAGGCAUUUUCUUUAUUUUUUUUUACUGUUUUCUACAUUGUAGAGUGGUGGUGAGGACAUCGAAACUAUGAAGUGACACAUGGAAUCAUGUAGUAACCAAAAAAGUGUUAAACAAAUCAAAAUAUAUUUUAUAUUCUUCAAAGUAGCCACCCUUUGCCUUGAUGACAGCUUUGCACACUCUUGGUAUUCUCUCAAUCAGCUUUACCUGGAAUGCUUUUCCAACAGUCUUGAAGGAGUUCCCACAUAUGCUGAGUUUCAUUCACACUUUUUUGGUUGCUACAUGAUUCCAUAUGUGUUGUUUCGUGGUUUUGAUGUCUUCACUGUUGUUCUACAAUGUAGAAAACAGUAAAAGUGAAGAAGGACCCUUGGAUGAGUGGGUGUGUCCAAGCUUUUGACUGGUACUGUAUAUAAGGUCCCACAGUUGACAGUACAUGUCAGAGCAAAAACCAACCCAUGAGGUCGAAGGAAUUGUCCGUAGAACUCAGAGACAGGAUUGUGUCGAGGCAGAGAUCUGGGGAAGGGUGCCAAAACAUUUCUGCAGCAUUGAAGGUCCCCAAGAACACAGUGGCCUCCAUUAUUCUUAAAUGGAAGAAGUUUGGAACCACCAAGACUCUUCCUAGAGCUGGCCGCCCAGACAAACUGAGCAAUCGGGGGAGAAGGCCCUUGGUCAGGGAGGUGACCAAGAACCUGAUGAUCACUCUGACAGAGCACCAGAGCUCCUCUGUGGAGAUGGGAGAACCUUCCAGAAGGACAACCAUCUCUGCAGCACUUCACCAAUCAGGCCUUUAUGGUAGAGUGGCCAUACGGAAGCCACUCCUCAGUAAAAGGCACAUGACAGCCUGCUUGGAAUUUGCCUAAAGGUACCUAAAGGACUCAGACCAUGAGAAACAAGAUUCUCUGGUCUGAUGAAACCAAGAUUGAACUCUUUGGCCUGAAUGCCAAGCGUCACGUCUGGAGGAAACCUGGCACCAUCCCUACGGUGAAGCAUGGGGGUGGCAGCAUCAUGCUGUGGGGAUGUUUUUCAGCAGCAGGGACUGGGAGACUAGUCAGGAUCAAGGCAAAGAUGAACGGAGCAAAGUACAGAGAGAUCCUUGAUAAAAACCUGCUCCAGAGCGCUCAGGACUUCAGACAGGGUCAAAGGUUCACCUUCCAACAGGACAACGACCCUAAGCACACAGCCAAGACAACGCAGGAGUGGCUUCGGGACAAGUCUCUGAAUGUCCUUGAGUGGCCCAGCCAGAGCCCGGACUUGAACCCGAUCUAACAACUCUGGAGAGACCUGAAAAUAGCUGUGCAGCGACACUCCCCUGUAGCUCAGUUGGUAGAGCAUGGCGCUGGCAACGCCAGGGUUGUGGGUUCGUUUCCCACGGGGGGCCAGUAUGAAAAAUGUAUGCACUCACUAACUGUAAGUCGCUCUGGAUAAGAGCGUCUGCUAAAUGACUAAAAUGUAAUGUAAAUGUAAUAAAACUGGCCUUCUUGAGACUAGUUGAGUAUCUGGAGCAUCAGCAAUUGUGGGUUCGUUUACAGGCUCAAAAUGGCCAGAAACAAAUAACUUUCUUCUGAAACUUGUCAGUCUAUUCUUGUGCUGAGAAAUGAAGGCUAUUUCAUGCGAGAAAUUGCCAAGAAAUUGAAGAUCUCGUACAACGCUGUGUACUCCUCCCUUCACAGAACAGCGCAAACUGGCUCUAACCAGAAUAGAAAGAGGAGUGGGAGGCCCCGGUGCACAACUGAGCAAGAAGACAAAUACAUUAGAGUCCUCAACUGGCAGCUUCAUUAAAUAGUACCCGCAAAACACCAGUCUCAACGUCAACAGUGAAGAGGCGACUGCGGGAUGCUGACCUUCUAGGCAGAGUUGCAAUGACUGCCCAUCUUAAUCUUUUCUUUUUAUUGGCCAGUCUGAGAUAUGGCUUUUUCUUUGCAACUCUGCCUAGAAGGUCAGCAUCCCAGAGUGCUGUAAUCGAACCCACAAUUGCUGUUGCUCCAGAUACUCAACUAGUCUCAAGAAGGCCAGUUUUAUUGCUUCUUUAAAUCAGCACAACAGUUUUCAGCUGUGCUAACAUAAUUGCAAAAGGGUUUUCUAAUGAUCAAUUAGCCUUUUAAAAUGAUAAACUUGGAUUAGCAAACACAACGUGCCAUUGGAACACAGGACUGAUGGUUGCUGAUAAUGGGCCUCUGUACGCCUAUGUAGAUAUUCCAUAAAAAAUAUGCAGUUUCCAGCUACAAUAGCCAUUUACAACAUUAACAAUGUCUACACUGUAUUUCUGAUCAAUUUUAUGUUAUUUUUAUGGCCAAAAAAUUUGCUUUUCUUUCAAAAACAAGGACAUUUCUAAGUGACCCCAAACUUUUGAACAGUAGUGUAUGUGUAUAUGUGUGUGUAUGUGUCAGCAGUUGGAUAAAAAGUAAUGACAUUUUCUAAAUAAAGUAUUCUCCUUCUCCUUCCUCCAGGUACAACCUACGCUGCGGCAGAGAGUUGAACCACCACCAGCUGUCCUCCCAGCCACUCUUCAACCUCUCCCUGCCCACGGCCUUCGUCAUCCAUGGUUACAGGCCCACCGGGGCCCCUCCGGUCUGGGUGGACCAUAUCGUCCACCUGCUGUCUGAGCAGGAGGACAUGAACGUCCUGGUUGUGGACUGGAACAGAGGAGCUGCUAACCUCAACUAUUUCACUGCUGUGGCCAACACACGACAGGCUGCCAACAACCUGACCGGCUUCAUACUCAACAUGCAGGUGUGUGGAUUGGGGGACGGUGGGGGUAGGGGGGAUUGUGGAGUGUUGCUCGUUUGCUGUGAGUCUUCAGUUGUUCUAUGAGUCUUGGGUUAAUGUUGCUAAUUGUUCACUGUGUGUGUGUGUGUGUGUGUGCAUGUGUAGGCUGAGGGAGCGCCUCUGAGUUCGGUCCACCUGAUCGGGUUGAGUCUGGGAGCUCACCUGGCUGGGUUCGUAGGAGCAAACCUGAAGGGCAAGAUCGGCCGCAUCACAGGUAGGAUACACAGAGGGAAAAAUAAAGAUUGUCUGUGACCUUUAAAGCUAUUAUUUCAUUGAUUGAUUAAUACAUUGAUUAAAUAAUGUAGCCAUUAAUGUAUGUAUUAAGUGGUUAAUUAAUUGAUUCAUUCAUUGAUUCAUUCAUUCAUUGGGUCAUUAAUUGAUUAAUUGUUGUCCAGGUCUGGACCCAGCGGGGCCCAUGUUCACUGGAGCGACACCUGAGGAGAGACUAGACGCUUCAGACGCAAUGUUUGUAGACGUACUACACACUGACAUGAACUGUAAGUACUGACAUGCUGUGUGUGUGUGUGUGGGGCGAGGGAUUCUCUAGAUGUGUGUUUUUGUCUUCCUAUUUGUUCAUGCAGCGUUUGGUCUCAGAGGUCAACAUGGCCAUAUUGACUACUACGCCAACGGAGGAUCUGACCAGCCAGGCUGCCCCAAGACCAUCUUCUCAGGUGAGUCUAAAACACACACACACACAAGUCUCCCGAGUGGCGCAGUGGUCUAAGGCACUGCAUUGCAGUGCUAGCUGUGCCACUAGAGAUCCUGGUUCGAAUCCAGGCUCUGUUGUAGCCGGCCGCGACCGGGAGACCCAUGCGACGGCGCACAAUUGGCCCAGCGUCGUCCAGGGUAGGGGAGGGAAUGGCCGGCAGGGAUGUAGCUCAGUUGGUAGAGCAUGGCGUUUGCAACGCCAGGGUUGUGGGUUCGAUUCCCACGGGGGGCAGUAUGGAAAAAUAUAUAUAUAUAAAAAAAUAAUGAAUGCACUCACUAACUGUAAGUCGCUCUGGAUAAGAGCGUCUGCUAAAUGACUAAAAUGUAAAUGUAAAAUACUUACCCAUGUAAUAACUCACCGCUUCUCUCUUUUGUAGGGAAGUCGUAUUUCAUUUGUGACCACCAGCGCUCUGUGUUCCUGUACCUGUGUGCUCUCAACCGAACCUGCAGCCUCACAGCCUACCCCUGCUCCUCCUACAGCGACUUCCUGGAUGGCCAGUGCCUGCAGUGUGAGGUCUUUAAGCCCGCCCCCUGCCCUAUGCUAGGUGAGGACAGCCUUCCCACUGGUCAACCCAGAAUCUCACUCAAUCCGUAAACAAGGGAAAAGAUGCUUGUCAACAAAUCAUCGAUCAAGUAGUUUGGUUGCCAUACCAACCAUCCUGAAGUUGUAUCCAUGGUUACCGCCCCAGGUUAUGACGUCAGCAGGUGGAGGGAUAUUCUGUUGCGAUUGGGUCAGACCAAGGUAUACUUCACCACCACUGCCACGUUGCCCUAUAAAAGUAAGUUCCACACCCCUGACUAUCUAUCAGUGAUUAACAUACACUACAUUGUCGAACAUCUCAUUCCAAAAUCAUGGGCAUUAAUAUGGAGUUGGUCCCUACUAUGCUGCUAUAACAGUCUCCACUCUUCCGGGAUGGCUUUCCACUAGAUGUUGGAACAUUGCUUCAGGGACCUGCUUCCAUUCAGCCACAAGAGCAUUAGUGAGGUCGGGCACUGAUGUUGGGCGAUUAGGCCUGGCUCGCAGUCGGCGUUCCAAUUCAUCCCAAAGGUGUUCAAUGGGGUUGAGGUCAGGGCUCUGUGCAGGCCAGUGAAGUUCUUCCACAACAAUCUCGACAAAGCAUUUCUGUAUGGACCUUGCUUUGUGCACAGGGGCAUUGUCAUGCUGAAACCGGAAAGGGCGUUCCCCAAACUGUUGCCACAAAGUUGGAAGCACAGAAUCGUCUAGAAUGUCAUUGUAUGCUGCAGCGUUAAGAUUUCCCUUCACUGGAACUGAAGGGCCUAGCCCAAACCAUGAAAAACAGUCCCAGACCAUUAUUCCUCCUCCACCAAACUUAACAGUUGGCACUAUGCAUUUGGGCAGCUAGCGUUCGCCAAACCCAGAUUUGUCCGUCGGACUGCCAGAUGGUGAAGCGUGAUUCAUCACUCCAGAGAACACGUUUCCAUUGCUCCAGAGUCCAAUGGUGGCGAGCUUUACACCACUCCAGCCGACGCUUGGCAUUGUGCAUGGUGAUCUUAGGCUUGUGUGCGGCUGCUCAGCCAUGGAAACCCAUUUCAUGAAGCUCCCAACGAACAGUUAUUGUGCUGACAUUGCUUCCAGAGGCAGUUUGGAACUCGGUAGUGAGUGUUGCAACCGAGGACAGAUGAUUUUUACGCGCUGCGCGCUUCAGCACUCGGCGGUCCCGUUCUGUGAGCUUGUAUGGACUAACACUUCGCGGCUGAGCCGUUGUUGCUCCUAGACGAUUCCACUUCACAAUAACAGCACUUACAGUUGACCAGGGCAGCUCUAGCAGGGCAGAAAUUUUACGAACUGAAUUGUUGGAAAGGUGGCAUCCAAUGACGGCGCCACAUUGAAAGUCACUGAGCUCUUCAGUAAGGCCAUUUUACUGCCAAUGUUUGUCUAUGGAGAUUGCAUGGCCGUGUGCUCGAUUUUAUACACCUGUCAGCAACGGCUGUGGCUGAAAUAGCCGAAUGCACUAAUUUGAAGGUGUCCACAUACUUUUGUAAAUGUAGUGUACAUAAUGCUUUUGAAGCAGUGAGUUCUUAAAGAUGCAUUGUGUGUGACACAUUGUGUGUGUGUGUGUAGAGGCCAGCUACAUGGUGGACAUGGUGACAUGGAACCAGUACCCACGCUGGGGAGUCCUCAUCCUCAGACUACACAGUGGCAGGAACGUCACUGAGGCACGCAUUGACCGGUAGGUCUCGCACGCUUACACGCGCGCACACACAUUUGUGACAGCAAGACCUCUAUCUAUCCCUCUCACUCUCUCUCCUCCCCUCCACAGUAAGCUGUUCAGGUUUGAGCAGUACACCUCCAACCAUCUGUUGGUCCAGUUUGACGAGGACCUUCAACCCAUCCAGAAGAUAUCCCUCAGCAUUGCUACCGGAAACGUGAUAGGCCCUCGCUACAAAAUCAGACUGAUCCGCAUCCGCCUCGCCCCCCUGGAGCAACCCGACAGGUGAGAGACCACUGCACACCUGAGUUACACACACUUUCCCCUCUUUUCUGCCUUCACCAUAUACUCCCUCCUUCUUUCUCUAACUCUCCCUUUCUCUCUUCUUUCUCACCUCCCUCCAGGCCGCUGAUGUGUCGCUAUGACAUCAUCAUGGAGGAGAAUAUUGAGGUGGCGUUCCGCCCGCUGCCCUGCGACCCUCGUCUCUGAGCCACCACCAGAGGGCCCUCUCCUCACACACA